AUGGACAAAGGCAUUUCUCCAAACAGGUCAUUAUCAGAAAGAAUUAACUCUUGCAGAUUACUCAACAAGCCAAACUCCAGAGGCACAGUCCCAUUAAACCGGUUUGAGGCCAAAUUCAGGAGGGUGAGGCCGUUUUCAUUCGCCUCGAAAUACGUUAGGCUGCUGAUGUCACCAAUCUCUCUAGGAAUGAGCCCACUUAGGUUGUUAUUACCGAUUCGGACACUCGACAAGGUUCAACAGCUGAAGCUCAUUGUGCAAGCCCAACUCAUCAGGGAUGAAGCCAGUCAAGCAGUGAAAAUUCUCAGGCCGGUCAAGUUGGCAACCCAUGAAGGGAUUGUGCCAUUUAGCCUGUUUGUGAAAAGGUGCAAAGAUUCUAGCUUUUUCAAGCUAUCGAGCUCUUUCGGUAUAUCACCAGUGAGGAAGUUACUGGAAAGGUGCAAAGCUCUGAGAUUUUUGAGCCUUGAGAACUCGGAAGGAAUUGGGCCGUCGAAAUUGUUGAACGACAAAUCAAGAAACUCGAGUUCGGACAGCUCGGCGAGAGCUGGUGGGAUAAAGCCAUUGAAAUUGUUGAACGAGAGGUCGAGAGAUUUUAAGGAUUUGAGCUGUGAGAUUAAGGUUAAAUUGCCUCGCAAGCCCUGGUUAGAGAGAUCAAGAGACUCAACUAAUGAGUUAUUGCAAGAAAUGCCUGGCUGGAUGCAAAAAUCCGAGGUGUUUUGA